AUGCAUAAUUUUUUGAAGACAUUUCUCUUAUUAACUGCUCUCUGCAGCGUUUGUUCACCUUUAUCUGAUUUUUUUCUUAAUCGGGUUUCAAAUGUAUUCAACGAAGCAGCUCUUCCAUAUUAUUCCUUGAUUAAGCUGCGUGCUGGUUCUCGUGAUUCUUCACCUUCUAGGCAUGAAGGGAAUAGUAAUGGAGGUUCUUCCGGAGGUGGUUGUGGUUCUUCGCCUUUAUCUAGUUCGUUCUCUUCACUUUCUUCAACAUUAAGUUCAUCUUUUCCAGGAGGAAGGGUGGGAUCUUCGCUACAAUUGGCUGCAGCAAUAAGUUCAGCUCUUUCAAACAGCCGAAGCUCAUCGCAUGGCGGUCCUCGUACUUCUGGCUCAUCUCAUGGACCUGGUUCUAAUCCAUCUUAUGGACCUGGUUCUAAUCCAUCUCAUAGACCUGGUUCUAAUCCAUCUCAUAGACCUACUUCUCACCCAGGUUCUUCUGAAGGUUCCAGAAGAUCGGGACCAGCUCAAGCUACUCCAAAACACGUCAUUUGUAGUUCUAAUCCUAGUUAUACAACUGAAAGACCUGCUGGGCACCUUACUGCACCAUGCCCUAGAUGCCCAGGAAAAAAUCACUAUUUAAGACCUGGAUCUGGAAGAAGAAGCCGUUGUCCUUAUUGCGAUUAA